AUGGCGGUUCCAGAAGACGCAUCGGUCGCGGAAACUGGGGAUCAGCCUGCUCCCACUGGCUGGGUCGAGCGCACAGCCUUCGACUACACUGCAAUGGCCGAAGCUGAAACAGCUUCUACUUGGGACGGCAAUGCUAGAGUUUACCAGUGGAAGGACGAAUAUGGAGACGUCGGCCCUGCUUUCGAAGAACUGGAGGUGGAACUGUUUGGUGAUCCUGAGUCUCGCCGUGAUCGCCAGACCGGUCUCGACUUCUCCAAGAUCGAGCAAAUUGAGGUCAUCCAGGAAGGACCACAGAGAAUUGAGUAUAUCAAGACUUUCGCCGACGCCGGAAUUCAUCCGGUCAUGCUAAAGAACAUUGAGCUCUGUGGAUACGAAGUUCCAACCCCAAUCCAGAAAUUCACUAUCCCAGCCAUCCUCCAGGGCUACGACGUGAUCGGCGUCGCUCAGACUGGCUCUGGAAAGACUGCUGCUUAUUUGAUCCCAAUUCUCAGCAAGCUCAUGGGUAAAGCAAAGAAGCUAGGAGCUCCCCGACCCAAUCCUGCCAGAUUCCAAGAGGGAAUUGAUAAUGUAAUUGCCGAGCCACUUGUGGUUGUGGUAGUCCCUACUCGGGAAUUGGCAGUGCAGAUCUUCAACGAGGCUCGAAAGCUAUGUUACCGAUCCAUGCUCCGGCCAUGCGUUGUGUACGGAGGAGUUCCUGUCCGCGAACAAAGCGGCCUUCUUUCCCGAGGCUGUGAUAUCUUGAUCGGAACUCCUGGUCGCCUUAAGGACUUCAUUGGACGUCCUGAGGUCUUGUCUCUUCGCCGCUUGAAGUACAUGAUCAUCGAUGAGGCUGAUGAGAUGCUCAAUGAUGACUGGGAGAGUGAACUUCAGGCCAUCCUCUCUGGCGCAGAACAAGACGUGGGCAAUGUCUACUAUGGUCUUUUCUCUGCCACCUUUCCUAAGGCUGCGCGAGACCUCGCAAAGAAGUACUUGUGUGAUUCUCAUGUGCGCUUCCGAGUUGGUCGAGCCGGCAGCACCACAGAGAAUAUAAAGCAGAUGAUCAUCGAAGUUAGCCGAGAAACGAAGAAUGAAACUCUUCUGACUCUCCUUGAAGAGAUGAAUGGUGUUCGCACCAUCAUCUUUGUCAAUAGCCGUCAAGCUGCCGAUACACUUGACGACUUUUUGUUCAAUAUGAAACUACCAGUCACUUCCAUCCAUAGUGACCGCACACAGGUUGAACGAGAAGCCGCUAUGCGAGCUUUCAGAUCCGGCCAAGCCCCCAUUCUCGUCGCGACUGGAGUGACAGCCCGCGGCAUUGAUGUCCGCAACGUUAUGCACGUCAUAAACUAUGACCUGCCAUCGAUGGAAUAUGGCGGUAUUGAAGAGUAUACUCAUCGAAUUGGUCGUACCGGUCGCAUUGGCCACCGAGGUGUUGCGACUUCCUUCUUCACUGAACGUGAUGAGCCCCUUGCAAGCGUCCUCACUAGGACUCUGCUAGAAACCAAUCAGGAUAUACCCGACUUCCUUCAGGCGUAUGUCCCAGAAAAUUGGGCCAGCGGAUCCAAGGUGAAGUUUGAAACCGAGUCUGAUUUCGAUCCCAACGAUGUUGCAGGUGCUGGCAGCUGCGAGGCUGAUGGUGCUGAGGCUGGAGGCUGGAAUGGAGAUGACAGCGGCCAUGGUGAUUCUGGCGGCGCUUGGGGCGGCUCCGGAGCAAACGAUGGAGCUGGUGAUGGCGAAGCUGUCAACUCUGGCGAUGGCUGGAACCAGGGAGCCUCUGAUGAUACUGCUUCUGGAGGCACUUGGGGAACCGAAGCUGCUCAGCCAGCUGCUACGGGUACGUGGUGA